AAUGUUGGUAGAACUGUUACGUAAACAUAACCUCGCGUGUGGUUGAAGUGUAGUUGAAGUGUGGUUAGAAGAGUUUAUUAUAGAAUAGUGUAAGAAAAUAUUAAAAAGCAAUCAUGAGAUUAACUAAUUAUUUAUGUAAAAGAGUAGCAGAAUGGACGAAGAAAUAUUCUAAUUUACCUGACUCCUACAUAGACCGUACCAUGCGAACGGUUUUUUGGAGAACUCCUAGAAAAGUUCAAUAUCUUAAACGUACUCAUGAACGUAAACGUUAUUGGUUUUCCAUUCACAAACCUUGGACGAAUAAUUUUAAAUUAGAAAAUUGUAAAAUAGAAAUGCCUCCAGCUAUUCCCGUUGAGCCUAUUAAAGAUUGGAGUUUUUUCCGUGGCGACAGAGUUGAAAUAUUAGUUGGAAGAGAUAAAGGUAAACAAGGUAUAGUCAAAGAAAUAAUACAGGAAAGAAAUUGGGUCAUUGUCGAAGGUCUUAAUACUAAAUUAGAAUGCGUAGGAAAAAAGAAAAACUUUCCUGGAAUAUUUAUGACAAUGGAACAACCAUUAUUAGUUACUACAGAUAUUGCAUUGGUUGAUCCUCAUGAUUUAAAUGGAACCAAGAUAGAAUGGAGAUAUACAGAAAAGGGUGAGAAAGUACGUGUAUCUGUUAGAACCGGUAGAAUUAUUCCAAUUCCUGAAUCUGCACUAGAAACUAUAGAUUAUAAGACUCCUCAUCUUUACCAUGAACAAAGUAAAGAUACGACUAAAGAGAACGUAGAAACAGUAACAUUCAAACCAGCAUUAAAAACUUUUGAAAUGGAAAUAAUGGAAAAAAUGGGUAUUCAAGAAGAUCGUGUACCUAAAAAAUCAUAUUGGUAUUAGAGUAUAUUAUCCAUCGUCCGGAGGGAGAGAAACCAUCUUCGGAAGUAAGACGACCGGUUUUCUCAAUGCGAUGCGAUCUUUGCCCGAGUCGAAGGCUACCGAAGCGAGGAAGUCAACCACCUACUACGGUUGGGGUGGGAAGAGAGGGAGAUGAAGAGGGGAAGAGGGGGAGGGGGUGGAUGCAUUCUCCAAUCGCUUAAGGAUCUAAUUUGCGUUACCGAUCUCUUCCGAGUUUAGAUAACAUCGCCAAAGAAUCCUUCUCAACAUUCCUAAUCCGACACACACACACACACACAUACAUACACACAUACAUUUUACUUUCAUCCUUUUCAUAUAUA